AACUCUCAGGGAGGGAGAAGAACGCGUUCCUUCCGCAGGGAAAGUGUGCUCCAGAGUGCAGGGGUGCGACAUCCGCUCCGUUCUCCACCAUGAGCUCAUCUUCGACAUCCUUCAAGCCCAAUGUGGAAUUCUAUAGCAGGCAACGGAUGCCCGUCGUAGGAUUGGGCACCUGGAUGUCGAAAGAUGCUGCCGUGGAUGCAGCCCUCGACAUGGGUUAUAGACAGAUCCACACAGCCUACAAUUAUCGAAACGAGGCCGCCAUCGGUCGAGUCUUGAAAAGGUGGAUCGACGGCGAAAAAGUGAAGAGAGAGGAACUUUUCAUCGUCACCAUGGUUCGUGCCCUUGUUUCUCACAUCCAAAAAUCCCCGAAAGCCUUGAACUUGGCCUAUGUGGGCUUGUACCUGGUGCACACUCCAGUCGGACUCAAGAAUAAUGGCGACGACAACAUUUUUCCCAUGGACCUUGACGACACCUUGCAGAUCGACCCCACCACCGACCUGGUGUCUCCGUGGAAGGGGAUGGAGGAACAGGUGGGUGCCGGCCGAGCGAAAUCCAUCGGGAUCGGCAACUUCAACAAAGAACAAGUGACGAGGAUCGUGAAGAACGCCCGAAUCAAACCGGCCAACAUUCAAGUGGAACUCCAUGCCUAUUUCCAGCAAAAGCCGCUUCGGGAACUGUGCGAGAAGCACGACAUUACUGUCGUCGCCUAUGCGCCGUUGGGGUCACCCGGAUGAGGGCCC